AUGGAGCCACUUUUACUAAGGGAAGAAGAUGAAAAGAUCAGGUUACUAUGUAUGCGAUUUAUAAAUGUGGAUAUUGACGAUUACGCCAAACAUCAACUGCUAAAAAAUCCAUGGGUUCCGCUAAAAUUUUACGAAUUGUCGUAUUCGACAAAGACGGAGAAAGGAUCCGAGAGGCGUCAAUACUUGAGACAUUUUCACUUACGAAUGUACGGAUGGGUUGUUUAUUCGCCAUCGCUUGGUGGGAUGGACAUCCCUUUAACUGUUUUUGCUUUUUGCAUUUCGUAA